AUGUCAGUGUUGCGUUUAUUCGGAGCAGAGCUCAUUUCUAUUUAUCGCCAAAGUAUACUCACGAUCGGAACUGGCCAAAAACGGUCGCUCUCAACAACCGCGUUCCAGCGACGUUCCACUAAGGCAGAAAACGAACCCACAGAAGAAGCGGCAGUAAGUGAAGAGCCCGAACAAGGCGAAGAAGGAGCAGCUGCAUCCAAACAACCCAUUGAUGAUCCGAAGGAUCGCUCACGGGUGAUACCGGUAGAGACGAGCAUUCGCUACCUGGCGAGCGACGCUUACCGGCAAACGUACCAAGACGAUCCAGUGUGGAAACAGUAUCGACGUAACCAUAAAGGACCGUACCCGCCGAAGUUGACGCGCAAAACCUGCAUACGCAAGGGUCGCAUCUCUACCGGCAAUCCUUGUCCGAUCUGUCGUGAUAAGUAUCUGGUGCUAGAUCACAACAAUAUUGAUCUGCUGAAGCAGUUUAUUUCACCGCAGACUGGCGAAGUGUUAAGCUAUCGGGUCACGGGACUGUGCCAGAAAAAACACACGCAACUGCUGGUAGCCGUCGAAAGGGCUAUGGACCGAGGAAUGGUUACAUUUGAUGUGCCCUUCCGAGAGUAUGAUUACAGUGAAUAUUAUCCUGUAAAGGAAGGCAAUUUCCCAAAUUAG